GACUAGGUUAAAUAAAUGUAUGGGAAAUCACAGGAAAAUCCGUGAUUUGAUUUGUUCGAUUUAUUUGAUUUAACCACGUACAUUUUAAUAAUUUUGCAUAUUUUUGAAACUGAGAUAUAAAUAAAUUAAAUUUCUUACAUAUUCUUUUUUUUUUUUUUUCCACCCUUUUUUUAUAUAAAAUUUCUCCUACGCCAGUCAGUCAACCAGUCAGUCAGUCAGUCAGUCAAAUAAAAGAUGAUAAAAUUACCCAACGAAUGUAUACAAAACAUUUUGAAAUACGUCAAUAAAGAUGAUUAUAAAACAUUUUAUUAUAUUACAUUAAUAAGUCGACAAUGGUGUCGUAAUAGUAUCAUAUUUCUUUGGAAACAACCUUUUAAUAUACCUGAUAAUUUUAAAAAUCGAUAUAAAUUAAUAUCAAUCUUUCUUUAUUUUUAUGAUAUAAAUCAAAAAAAUAUUUAUCAAACUAUCGCAUCAUCUUUUAAUUAUCCUAGUUUCCUUAAAAAUCUAAAUUCAGAUAAUCUGGCAAAAAUUACUUUAGAAUGGAUAACAAGAAAUUAUUCAACCAAAAAAAAGAAAAAAUAUCGUAAUAAUAAUAAUAAUAAUAAUAAUAAUAAUAAAAAAACUUUUAUUUCAUAUAAAAAUAAAAUUAAUUUAUUAAAAAAAAUAUUUAAAACAAAUUUAACAAAUUCAUCCUUAAAAGAACAAUUUAACUUAAUAAUUCAACCAAUUAUAUAUGUUAUAAUGGAAAAAUGUACAAAUAUUGAACAUUUACAUAUUGGAAAUUAUUAUUCAAAUAAUAAGAAAUAUUAUUUUUUAGAAAAUUAUAUUGAGGAAUAUUUAUUAAAAAAUGAUUUAAGGAAAUGUUUUAAUAAUUUAACCACAUUUAAUUGUCAUCAAUCAAAUAUUGAUCCUAUAAUAUUCCUUAAAUUUUCCAAUAAUAUAAGAAAUAUUACUUCAUUAUCAGUUACAAUAUCAAAUAAUAAUUUAUUUGAUGAUAGUAAAUUAAAAGAAUUGGUUGAAUUAAUAAAUUCUCAAGAAAAUCUUAAUUCUCUUAGUAUAAGAAAUGAAUAUAAUGCUGAUAUGUCAUUGGUAUUUGAAGCAAUAUCAAAAAAAUCAAUUUCAUUACAAAAACUUGAAUUAAUUUCUCAUAGAAAUCUUAAAUCUGAUGAAGCAAAUUAUUUAUCACAAUGUAUAAAUUUAAAAGAAUUAAUAUUAGAUGGUAUAAGAAUUGGGGAUGAAAUAGUGGAUCCUUUAUUAAUUAAUUCCAAAUUUUUUAAUUUAAAAGAUUUGAGAUUAAUGAACAUUUUUCAACAAACUUCUUUUGAAAUUUCUCCUUUUAUUAAAAAUAAUGGUUCUUUAUUAAAUUAUCUUCAUUUGGGUUUAGAUUUAAAAAUUAAUCCUAAUCUUUUAAUAACAAUUUCAAAAUUUUGUUUAAAUCUUUCAACUUUUAUUAUUUCAAUACAAGAAGGUGAUAUGUUUAAUUUACUUUAUCCAUUAUUUGAUAAUUGUAAGAAAUUGAAAUUAAUUAGAAUUUAUGAAAUUAAUAUUAAUAGUUUAAAUGAGAUCAUUUUAUCUGAUUUUAUUAAUCAUAUUUCAAUUAUUUUAAUUAGUUUGAAUUCCUUAAUUUUAAAUGAUAUUACGUUUUCUUCAUUUUCUUUAAAAAGUUUCAAUGGAUAUGAUCUUUUAUUUGAAUUAAAAAGAAAAUUUUUGUAUUAA